GGAGUCCUUGUUUUCUCAGAUGACGACCACAGUCAGACCUCUCUCUCUACUCCUUUCCCUCUUCUUUUAAUGUUACAACCUUGAAACGACGCCGUCUCUUACCAACCUUCUCCAUCUCCGGCGGUAAUAAUACGACACAGUUUCGCCGCCUUUUCGGUUAAAAAAAUAUCACGAAGACGGUUUCGUCUAGACAAAAAAAAAACAGCUCGAAUUACGCUAAGCUCAAGUCUUGGGAAGAUCACCGGACUUUGGUUUCUUUUGUCAGUUCGGGAAGUUUAGGUUGGAGGGGGAAAGAGGAUCUCAGUUUUUUUUUCUUUUUGGGAGACAUAGUUGUCUUUAGCUUUUAGUUUUUUUUUUUUUGUUUUUGUUUGGUUUCUUCCGUGUGAUGUUAACUGGUGUUUGGGUCGAAGAAGAAAGGGAAGUAAUCAUUUGCUCAAAAUGCAUUUCACAAAGCUUGAUGACUCUCCCAUGUUCCGCAAACAGUUACAAAGCAUGGAGGAGAGUGCAGAAAUAUUACGGGAAAGAAGUCUAAAGUUUUACAAAGGAUGCCGUAAAUACACUGAAGGGUUAGGCGAGGCAUAUGAUGGAGACAUUGCUUUCGCAAGUGCUCUUGAAACAUUUGGUGGUGGCCAUAAUGAUCCCAUUAGUGUGGCUUUUGGAGGACCUGUGAUGACGAAAUUUACAAUUGCGUUGAGGGAAAUUGGGACGUAUAAGGAAGUUCUCCGGUCACAGGUGGAACAUAUUCUGAAUGACAGAUUACUUCAAUUUGCCAAUAUGGACUUGCAUGAGGUUAAGGAAGCUCGAAAGCGCUUUGACAAAGCUAGCCUUACCUAUGAUCAGGCCCGUGAGAAGUUUCUAUCGUUGAGGAAAGGUACUAAAAGUGACGUUGCUGCUGCUUUAGAACAGGAACUUCACACUUCGAGGUCUAUGUUUGAGAAAGCUCGAUUCAACCUUGUGACUACUCUCUCAAAUGUUGAAGCUAAGAAAAGAUUUGAAUUUUUGGAAGCAGUCAGCGGAACGAUGGAUGCACAUCUUCGCUACUUCAAACAGGGUUACGAGUUACUCCAUCAGAUGGAACCAUAUAUCAACCAGGUGUUGACCUAUGCACAACAGUCCAGAGAGAGAUCAAAUUAUGAACAAGCAGCACUUGACGAGAAGAUGCAGGAGUACAAAAGACAGGUUGAUCGAGAGAGCAGGUAUGGUUCAAACAGUGCUAAUGGAUCCCCAAAUGGAGAUGGCAUACAAGCGAUUGGUAGAAGCUCACACAAAAUGAUAGACGCCGUUAUGCAAUCUGCCGCAAGGGGAAAGGUGCAAACAAUACGGCAAGGUUAUCUCUCUAAACGCUCUUCAAACUUGAGAGGAGACUGGAAAAGACGGUUCUUUGUUCUUGACAGCCGUGGAAUGCUGUAUUAUUACCGGAAACAAUGUAGCAAGCCAUCUGGGUCUGGGAGCCAGCUCUCUGGACAGAGAAACAGCUCCGAGCUUGGGUCUGGACUUCUAAGCAGGUGGCUUUCUUCGAAUAAUCAUGGUGGAGGAGUGCAUGAUGAGAAGUCUGUAGCUCGUCAUACAGUGAACUUGCUUACCUCAACAAUUAAAGUAGACGCUGAUCAGUCAGAUCUGAGGUUUUGCUUUAGGAUCAUUUCACCUUCAAAAAACUACACAUUGCAGGCUGAGAGCGCACUCGAUCAAAUGGAUUGGAUAGAAAAGAUCACUGGGGUGAUUGCAUCACUGCUUAGUUCUCAGGUCCCUGGUAGCCCCAUGGAAAGUGGCCACCACCGGUCUGCUAGUGAAAGUAGCUCAUAUGAAAGUUCUGAAUAUGAUCAUCCCACUACUGAUGAGUUUGUAUGUGAGAGGAGCUUUAUGGGGUACAAUGAAAGGUCAUCUAGAAAUUUCCAGCCGCAACGGUCCAUUAGAAAGGGUGAGAAGCCCAUUGAUGUCCUGAGAAAAGUCUUUGGGAAUGACAAGUGUGCGGAUUGUGGAGCUCCAGAGCCAGACUGGGCUUCUUUAAACCUAGGUGUUCUUGUUUGUAUUGAGUGUUCUGGUGUUCACCGAAACCUUGGUGUGCAUAUAUCAAAGGUUAGGUCACUCACUCUGGAUGUGAAAGUAUGGGAACCUUCUGUUAUAACUUUGUUCCAAGCUCUUGGGAAUAAUUUUGCAAACACGGUCUGGGAGGAGCUGCUUCAUUCAAGGAGCGCCUUCCAUGUUGAUCCAGGCUUAACAGGGUCUGAUAAAUCAAGAGUGCUGGUUACAGGAAAACCUAGCUAUGCUGAUAUGAUAUCUGUCAAGGAGAAGUAUAUACAGGCAAAGUAUGCUGAGAAGCUAUUUGUUCGGAGAUCAAGAGACUGUGACUUCCCACAAUCAGUUGCACAACAAAUGUGGGAUGCAGUGUCUGCCAAUGAUAAAAAGUCUGUUUACCGUCUUAUUGUCAACGGUGAAGCGGAUGUGAACUCUGUGUAUGACCAACCAUCUUCCAGCUCUUCGUUAACGCUUUCCAGAGUGAUGUUAAUACCUGAGAGGCCACCAACGCGCGAGGACGUGCUACUCAAGUUAAGAAACGAGUUGCUCGAUAGAACUUCCUCAGGUUUCUCUUCAAGUAUUCCACCAGAGGAAACUGGAGGCUGCUCUCUGCUUCACUGUGCUUGCGAGAAAGCAGAUAUUGGGAUGGUGGAGCUUUUGCUGCAGUAUGGUGCGAAUGUGAACGCUACAGAUUCGAGUGGUCAAACGCCGUUGCAUUAUUGUAUUCUCAGAGGCAAAGCGGUAGUUGCAAGACUGCUUCUCACGAGGGGAGCUGACACAGAAGCCGUCAAUGGAGAAGGAAAAACGGCUCUCGACAUUGCUGCAGAGUCGAAAUUUACUGAUGCAGAAGUCCUCUCUCUCCUUUCAGAAGCUGCGAACGGUUACAAUCACAGACAGUGCUGAUGAAAAGGUACAGAAAGAAGCUUAAGAGCAUAGAAGUCUUGGGGAGAUAUGUUUCAAUCAUUACUUUCAGAAGAAGGGACUUCUAAUUGUCCUCAUCCUACACUUGUCUCGGGCAAGCUUAGCCUCCAUAUUAUGUAUUAUUUGAUGUUUUGUGAUGGAUAUAGGCUGCUUAAUGGGAAGUUAUAGUGUAUUGUGUUGUGUCGUGUUGUGUGUAUUUGAUGUUACGAUUAUAAGCUUGCUCUCCGUUUGUCAUGCGUUGUAACGUGUAAGCAACUUGCGGCUUGUUCAUUUCUUGCAGAAGUGUUGACCAUAAAACGAUUCAUUAGCUUAUAUAAUCUUAUGGUAUUGGUUUUGAA